AUGGAAGAAAAUAGGUCGCUGACCGAGUUUCAUGAGAAGUUCAAGGCAGACAAAGAAGUUUACGGGUACGUCUCGCCGAGAUACGUACGAAUAUCAUAAAAUUAUGGGGCGCUGACCACUUAGAAAAAAAUUAAGAUGAACUUUAUUAGUUUUUCAAUCAAGUAAUUGUUCUGAGGAAAAGAAUUCUUUGCUUUUUUUCUUUUUCAUGCACAUUAAUUAAUAAAUUACUUAGGAAGAUAGGCUUAGUUUUUAAGGCUUCACACGGAGGCGGAGCGCGCAUAGCGCGAAGCCGACUGUGGCUCGCUUCGAAAAAAACUGAGCCACAGUGAACAAUUCGUCAAAUAAAUAAAAAUACUUGACAUGGAGGGGGGCAUUCUGAAAUGGAGGGGGGGCCAUUCUGAAAUGGAGGGGGUCAUUCUGAAAUGGAGGGGGCCAUUCUGAAAUGAGAGGGGGCCAUUCUGAAAUGAGAGGGGGUCAUUCUGAAAUGGGAGGGGGCUUGUUCGAAUGAGCUCUGGGGGACUAUUUCAAAGUCGUGCGGGGGGCAAAUAUGAAAGAUUGCCUAGGCAUUUCAGAAUCGCCCCCCGUUUUGUACUGCGGGGGGCCAUUCUAGAAUACAUACUCACCCCCCGCGUUUGAUUUUACCCCCCACAUGAAGUCCUCCGAUUUUACCCCCCGCAGAUCGGAAUUUGGCUUGGUGGGGGGCUUGUUGGAACGCGGGGGGCAAAAACAGUGUGGGGGGCGAUUCUGGAAUUUUCCCAAGUUUGUCUUGAAAAAUUACUCAAAAUAGUGUUUUCUUACAUUCCAAACAUUUUUGACUGAAAAUUCUCACCAGGAAACAAAAUUUUUUUUCAGCUUACUCUCUACAGUAACCCUAAAAAGGGGCGGAGCCACUUGGAACCUGGUGCUUAAUAAUCAGAAGCACGUGUGUGAGCUGUUGUCACAUUUUGAAGCAAAUAAGACAUUUUUUUUUCUGUUUUGCUUUCGAUUACCGAAAAGCCAUCGAUUUUCUCAGAAAUCGUGUGUUGAAUCGAAAACCACUUGUUUUAUAAACAGCUUCAAGUCUCUUUCUCUCUUUGAUGAAAUAUCCCGUCGUUUAAGUUCUCACGAAAAGGCCAUUCAUUUCAUAAACAUACUCGGACAUACGUAACAACAUACGGCGGUGCUCCGGACCUUUCUGGACAUUACUAGUGACCACUUCAGUAGCGUCAGCACUCUUAAGUGACUUUUUCCUAGAAUCGCCCAGAAACGUCCGCAGCACGUCCAUUUUGCGUUACCAAUGUCUGAUUAUGCGGCUUUUCUCAAAAACAAAAAGAAAAAAUACCAUUUCCCAUUAGUCUUCACGAAAUAGUUUCUAUAGAUAUUCUGAAGCUUCAAAAAAUUCCAAGUGUUCCUGAAUUUGGCGGUUUUUCUUUUUCUUUUGUGGAAAACAAAAAGGUAGCGCUUCAUUGACACUCUACAAAAGAGAAAAAAAGUUGUAAAUCGACUCCCGAAGGGUUGGGGUAGCCAUUUUCCGAACUUUGCCUACAACCAAGCUGCACAAACAAACGGCACACCUGACAGGUAGAUCGUCGCUUUCUUUUGCUCCUGACUGGCCGCGCGCUCUCAUCCUUUAUAAAUAAAUGAUUAAAAUUUAGUUAAUACAAGCUUCGAAAUUUCGAAGAAAAACGGGGUAGGUUUAAUGAAAAACCAAGCUGAAAAAGCCUAGAAUUCGGACCUUCUGGCCCAUAUAUUAGAGUAAUUGCGUGGCUUUUCCUUUUUCCCUUCCACUGGCCUCUAAAAAAGGCAUCGCCUUACGUCUAUCUUGCUUUUUUUUGAAUGAUUCUCUGAUACAUAAAAAAAUGUUUUUUAUUAUUUUGAAAAGAAAAGAAUUCGCUGCAAUUCGAAGUGACUGAGAGAUUUCAGAGUUUUUUUUUUGAAUAUCAGAAAAGAUUUUUAAAAAAGGUGUCAUAUUCAAAAAUGGGAAUUAUGAGGAUUGUCACUUGCGGUAUUGUUUUUCGAAUUCACCAGCUGAUAGGAUGCGGCUGUCGUCAUUUUGCUGUUCACGAAAUUUCUGAUGUGUACUUUAGAGAAGAAUAUUUUGAGCUUUCGAUUUUCGAAAAGUGAUCUCUUGGAAUUAUUCAAAUAAGCGAGAAAGAAAGAAAUAUAUUCUUCGCAGAUACAGUAGCUUGAAAAUCGUUUCUAUUCGAAUACAUAUCAAAAGCCUGAAUACCCAUUUUUUCACCAACUUUUGACUCUAGCGUGAGGUCAUGAGUUUAUGAGAAAAAAUUCAGAAUAAACCCUAUUUAACCGAGUAAGUGGUCCAAUUUGAAUUUUGUUCAAAAUGAACCUCAUUGGUUCACAGAGCUUUUGAAGCUUAAAAGUUGACUAGUUUCAUCGUUUUUAUUUAGAACUUCGUGGUAAUCAGAAAUUUGAAAUCUCAAGAUUUUUCCAGCGACGCGAAUUUUUCAAAAAUCACUGUAAAAACACAUGUGAACUUUUCGAGAUGAAUCAACUUUUCUCGGUUGUUUCGACAUAAUUGGAGUCGAGGAAAUUCAGAAGUGGCGGAACAAAUGACGUGCGGCAGCAUCUGCCCCGGCGGCAGUUGGCGCGGCGGCGGCUGCUCGUCUCACACAUGCGGCACCACGUUUCGCUGUCUUCGACCCCUCCUUCCGCACUCUUUUCUGUUCUUCCCACUUUUGUUUCUCGUGAUUACAUCUUGACUACUUCUCACUUUUGCAUCACGGUGAUAGGUUAUUUCUUCUGAUACGAGUUUCUUUCUGAAACACUACCUGACAGCUAGAUAUUCAAAAAAAAGUUCCAACGCCUUCUCUGGUGCUUCUUCCAUUCUCUUACAAACUAUCUCAUAAAAUUAUUCUUAAAUUUUACUUUUUUUUUCCUGUUUUAUUUUGUUUUACCCGGUGUUAAUGGUUUCAUUGGUAUUAAUGCAACGUGACGCUGAUCCUGCAGAACUUUAACUCAGUUCAUGUUCAUAAAAAAGUUUUUCAAAUCAUCACAAAAAAGGCAAACAUGUUCCUUCAACAAGAAUCGUUGGAAAAACGGCUCGAACAAAAUUAAUUUUUUUUCAGUUCGUAACCAGAUGGUUAGCUUAUCCUGUUACGCGAAACCUCCGCCAGUACUUUGAAAAAAAGUUUAUCAACUCUCCAGUUUGGUUAGAUUUCGAUUUCACUCUUUUUCCCUCUGAAAAGGCUGUGUAGCUAUAGACUUCAAAAGCAGAAGGUAAAAAAAAAAUCAAAACAGCAGAAUUGACGGAAAUUUAUAUAGAUAAAUGCACAGAUAUGGCGACAAUCCAGCUUUCUUUCGUUCCCAUAUUCAUUUCGAACCUUGUGCGUUAGUACUAAUCCUUAUUUUUUUUUUCCAGAUCUGAUCGCAGUGCGCGGGAAAUGCUAGUAAUUGUGCCAUGAAAACUAAAACCGCCGAUACAGAGCUUGAAACAGAAAAAGUAAGUUUAAAAUGAAAACUUAACAGCAGAAUAUAACUUUUUGAAAAGAAAAUUACUAAUUUUUAAAAAUCUCACUUCAUCAAACUACAUAUAUUUUUGAAGAAAGAUCAAGAACUGAAACGAGAAGUCUAUAAAAAAAACAGCCAGCUGUCUAUAACUUUCCCGAAACGCUCGAAAACAUAUGUGGGCAGUUUUUAUCUAAAAUAGAUACCGCAUCUCUUAGAACUCAAACAUUCAUUUACAUCAUUUUUGCUCGUCCCAGUGACUUUGAACUCAAUUUGAAAAAAGUUUUGAAAACUUAAUAAUUUAGGUACCUUAGCACUGAAUUAUUUUCAUUCUUUUCUUUCAAAUAUUAAAACUAACCAUAAAAAACGUUUUCAUAUGCAAGGAAAGUACAUGCAAAUACUGAAAAACCUAUUUUGGAAAAUUUUUCGAAUCAAUAAAAGCUCGAGCAAUAGUCAAAACACGUUUUAAGUCACUUUUCUAGAGCCAUCAAAUCCGAAAGUUAUCACCGCGUGCGUUUUAAUUGCUUCUUCUCUGCAAUGUGUAAUCUUACUGACACUGGAAAAAGGUUCAUUUGAAAAAAAUUUUGAAAAACUCACCCAAAGAUUUUAAUUACCCUGUUUUUGUCAAAAGUCACCAAUUUUUCAAGCACUACGUGAUUAUACUCAGACUAUUUCCAUAACUUUCGAAUAUGGAAAAAGUCAAUGUUUCAGAUGCACAUCAAGCCGGGAUUUCUGCAACGCAAAUGGCGACGGCUCAAAACGGAGAUGACUUCAUCUCUGCUGGCGCACUACCGUCGUUGCGUCGUGCGAGUGAAGCGUUGUCUGCGCGACGACACCGUCGGAGACACGGAACGUCGGAAAAGCCAAGCCAAGCUGCAUCCUCUUCCCGGUCGGUCCGACAAAUAAUGUUUCAAUGACCAAAAAUCCAACUAAACGGAUUGAGUGGGGAUAAAAGAAAUGUGAAGCACCGUUCAAACUCUGAUCACGGAACAAAAGUUUGGGAAUCCGAGCAGAGUCUCUUUUUCAUGACGGUACCUAGCCGGCACCGAAGAAUCGAAUGUCACGUUUCUUUGCGUUAUCACGAAUGUUAUCGAAAGUGAACAGCCGCUUCGGCUUUCAGGAUCUUUGCCCAUCGUCUUGUGCUUUCGUUCGUCAGAAAAAAAAGUGUUUAUCUCUGGGACAAAAAUAUUUUCAAGGUUAAACUCUGGAAUUCUUUUUGAACGUGAUUUAUGCACUCGAGUUGAAUUUUUAGAGGAUACCCAAAUCUUAAAUCGAACUUUGAAAACUUUAAUGAGCUCAAAGUUAUAAUUUUAAAGGAAAUCAGAAACUGAAAACUGUUGAAAAAUGAAUUAUUGAAAAAUCUUGUUUCUUAUCGUUUUAUUUUUUAAUAUCAUACAGCAAAUAAACGUUUUUAAAACAUUUUGCGUGUUUUAUAUUUCUUUUAUUCGAAUACUUUUAGAUAUGGGCCGAGGUGUUUUGUACUUCAAUCAAAAUUUAGAACUUUUUGAUUUGCGUUCUACAGACCGACCGUUGCGUCGAGCGGCUUCUAAACUCAACCGGAAGCCGACGAACGAGCUGGAGCGACUUCGAAGGAAAGGCGACGACUGGACAGCCAACGACCUGUUCCGCUUCCAGUACAGCGACCCUGAAAGCGGCACUCCCGAGGAACGCAAACAGCUUUGUUAUGAUUGGCUCGAUCGUCUUCACAACAUUUCCAAAAAAUAUUGCUACCUUGCCUGGUGAGUCAUAACAUGGAAUUCUCAUUCUUUUCUUAUGGUGCAGGUACGAGGCGGCGAUUUAUGCAUGCUACUACCGUCUGGCGCCGAUUAUGAUGGAUUCCCAAGAAAAACAGAAACUUUGGCUCGAUGUCAGGCGUGAAUACGCCGAGAUAUUCAUGAUGGGGAGAAGAAUUUGGCGGCGUGCCAUACAUCCGAGCCGAUUGCGGGUUUUCUACGAUUUGGCUAUGCUCUGCGUUCGGUUCGGUCAAAUAGAGGUCAUAAUCGAACCAUUUUAACCGUAGGUCUUACGGGAAAAAAACUCACAAGGGAAGUGUUCUUGGUGGUCGGUUGAACUCUUGAUGAAACUUCGCUUAAAUGUACUAUAAGACCUUCUCUUUUCAGAAAACGAAUAAACUUUCUCGCAAUAGCUCUCAUUUUCGAGCUAUGAAGCUUCAAAUUUUGAACGCUGAAUAAGUGCUGCAAGGCAAGAGGGAAUCUGGCUUGCGUACGAGCCAUACACUCCAGUUGGCAGCGUGGUGUAGUGGCUACCGUCCUUGCGCUGCGGUGCCUAUGACAAAGGUCGAAAAUUUUUGAAGAAACUCGCUUUUGCCAAAACUUCCAAGGGAGGAAUCAAUCGACAAUGUUGAAAAAGAUCGAAAUUUUCUUUUCAAUAACAAAGCUUCUCCUUUUGAUUCGGUUUACCGAUAAAAAAAAGUUCUUCGACGUAUAAACAUGAGGAAUAAUUUCUAUUUUGAGGGGAAAAAAUCAACGGUUUUUAGCGUUUCAGUGCAGUUGAUAUUUUAAAAGGAAUCGAAUCGAAUAUACACCACAGAAACAAAAAUAAAUCCGUUCUAGCUUUUUGAAAAAAAUACAGAAAGCGAUCUAUUGAUUAGCUCUAUGAAUGAGUCGAAGGAAAAAAAUUGCUAUUUUGGAAAAAAAAUUUGGAUCUAUUUCAACAAUGUCGAUUGAUUCCUCUCAGGGAAGUUAUGGCAAAAAGUUUCGAACACCGGUCAGCAAUUACUCAGCGUACAAACUUUGAAGCUUCAUAACUCGAAAACGAGAUCUAUUGCGAGAAAUUUUAUUCGUGCUCUGGAAAGAGGAGGUCUUAUAGUAUACUUCAGCAAAGUUUCAUCAAAAGUUCAACCGACAACCAAAAACAUUCCCUUUGUUAGCUCAUUACAGAAACAAAACUUAGCCGAAAGCUCAUUGUAAACACGACGCAAUUUCAGAACGAUGAUACAAUAGUCCUGUUCCGAGAUCUACUCUCCGACGCCACCAACUUCGACUUCAAAGUCCUCAACGAAGUCGAGUUCAUAAAAUCAAUCGACAAAGUAGGCGGACAAAUAAUAAUCCUCCAAUACUCUAACGGUUCAGGUGAUCAAAUUAGAGAAUCAUGUGAUAGAUCAGUUCUACAAACGUCGGCGCUCUUCCGGCUCAAUCCGGUCUUCUUUCCGAUCCCGACGCAACCUGGACAGAUCGCCAUCAAGGAGGUCCACGACGAGCUACAACGGCGGACUUGCGACGUCUGGCCCCGACGAGGCAGACCAAGACCCUGCAGAAGCCGACCGAAUCAGUCUGACUAGCGUCGCCGAGUCGCUGAGUAAAAUCGCAGUCGGCGAUAAAAUCAUUCCUCCAGUGCCGACCUCUCCAAUGACGACAUCACUUCUGGUGCCUACUAUUGUUAUCGAAGGUCCUGACGUCACCACAAGAUCUUCUUCGCCGCGAUUGGUACAUUUCGAGGAUGGAAAUAGACAGACUUGA